AAAUUUUGCCCUAAGGUGUCUCGAAGGGGCAGGUUUUCACAUUCAGGGUAUAAAACCAUUUGGCCCAUUCACAGAAGCGACAGUUUACUUUCGAUAGUCACAGUGAAAUUACCUUUUUUCUCGGUACGAGUGUUGUGAACAAAUUAUUUGGAUUAUUUAGAUUUUAGGUGUUCCUGGCACAAAAUGAGAAUCAUAGUGCUAGCAUGCCUUUUAGGCUGUGUUUUAGCCCUCCCACGACCUGGAUCGCAUUCCUCAUUCUCUGAGGGUUCCUACCAGAGUGAAGGAGGCUACUCGGGAUCGUCUCAACAUGAAUCCCACAGCAGUGGCCAUAGUAGCUUCGGAGGAGGCUACCAGGAGUCUGGUGGAUACUCAGAGGGACACUCAGGAGGACACCAUGGACACUCUGCGAAAUCCUACAGUGGUGGCAGUGGUGGCUUCAGUGAAGGUGGAAGCUUCUCCGAAGGUUCUUCAUCGUCAUUUGCAUCUGGAAGUGAGAAUUCUGGGUUUGAAACAGCUCACCAGAUAGCUGGAUUCAAUUCUGGACAUCAAUCCUCUGGGCACCACUCUUCUGGCCACCACUCUUCUGGUGGAUCUGAAAAUUACUCCGAAGGCAGCUCAAGUGGAUCAUCCUUCUCAUCUGGCUCCAGCAGUGGUGGUUCUGACUACGAAUCAUCUGGGCAUCAUGCAUCAAAUCACAGAACAGGCCAUCAUCAUUCCUCAGCUGGCUCUCAUGGCUCUGGGAGCUCAUCUCAAUUCUCCGAAAGUAGCUUCGGAGCCUCUUCCGGUGGUUCGGGAUUUGAAAGCAGCCACGGCCAUCAUUCUGCGGGACAUCAUUCAAGUGGUGGACACAGUUCUGGUGGAUUUGGAGAACGAAAAGCUUCCCAUCAAUCCCGCAGUUCCAGCUCCAGCUCAAAGAGCUUCCAAGAGAGUAGCAACUCAGACAGCAGCAGCAGCAGCUCUUCUAGCAGUUCUUAUCAUUCUCUACACCGUCGAGAUGCGCCAUACCCUCCAGAAGUUCCUCAUUCACAUUACGGAGUACCAACGACAACUCAACCACCACCACCGCCUCCAACAACAACAACUACAACAACCACCACAACCACAACAACCACGGAAAGUCCACCAGAAGUUCCUCAUGAGGAAUAUGGACCACCUAAACACAUUCCUCUGCCUCCAAAAUUGUCAGAACUCCCUAAACUUCCGGAAUUUGAUUUUAAUUUCGGCCCAAAGGACACGGAUUUAGUGGAUGAUUCAACCUACCGACCACCUGUAGCACCUGAACUUCCAAAGCUCCCCGAAUUACCGACCAUCCCCCAACCUUUUGAUAAUGUAAGCGAAAAUGAGGAUGAUUCAAGCUCAGAAGAAUCCGAUGAAAGUCCAGUUGAAACUCCCGCUGAUACAUACGGAGUUCCAAAGAGACCAGCAAUUGUACAACCAGAACAUCCUCCACACGCAUUCCUUCCGCCAUUGCCUGAAGUUCCAAAAGUUGGAAGUUACCCACCAGAGACUCCUCAUGCUGAAUACGGUGUACCCCAAGUUCCAGCUGUACCAGUCCCACCACCACCUUCUCUACCAAGUCUCCCUGAAAUUCCGGAUGUUGUCAUUUCACAUUUCCCUCCAGUUCCUCCGGAGAUUCCAGAAGUUCCCGUUAUUCCGGAAGUUCCUACCCUUCCUGAUGCACCAUACCCACCUGAGGUGCCACAUGAGGAGUAUGGGCCACCAAAACCUACUCCCACAGUCCCAGCACCACCACCUCCACCACCACCAGCUCUUCCGCCACUCCCAGAAAUUCCCGAUGUUGUCAUCCCGCAUUUCCCACCAGCUCCUCCAGAAGUUCCUGAAGGUCCCUACCCACCAGAGGCUCCACCAGCUCCUGAACCCACUGGCCCUUACCCUCCUGAAGUCCCCCACACGGAAUACGGACCUCCUGCUCCUGAACCCACUGGCCCUUACCCUCCUGAAGUUCCUCACACGGAAUACGGACCACCUGCUCAUGAACCAACUGGACCAUACCCUCCGGAAGUUCCACACACAGAAUAUGGGCCACCGAAGAAGAAAGGCCACACGAAGAGUACGGGCCACCUAAGCCACCAGCAGGACCUUAUCCACCUGUAGGACCAGCUACGCACUACGGAGAACCAUUAUUCCACGCAACGCCAUUUCGGAUAAGAGUUGAAAAAUCUCCUCCGGGAGGUUACAAUUUUGUCGAGAUCGGAGGUCAAACUGUGGUACGCGAUGGGAAGCUGUUAAUUGAGAAGGGAACCUUCAAGUAUGU